GAGGUCAGGAAAGUAAACAUAGUACUGAGUUCUGUCCGUUCUGAAGAAGGAGAGGAGGAAGAAUAGUAAGAAUUGGAAGAAGAAGAAGAAGAAGAAGAAGAAGAAGAAGAAGAAGAAGAAGAAAAGGAGGUAGAAGAGGAGGAGGAAGAAGAGGAAGAAGAAAAAGAACAGAAGAAGAAGAAGAGGAGGAAGAAGAGGAAGAGGAGGACGAAGUUUCCACCUGGUGCUGACACUAUGUCCACAGUGAUGGCGUCUAUAAUGAAGCAGAUAUGUGAGAAUAAUGGCUCUAUGCUUUAUGAUGACUUAGUAUCUGAAUAUAGAAGCGGAUUAAGUGGUAACUGGUAUAACAGCGUCUUCAUCGAUCGAGUUCUUGAAGGAAACGAAUCUCUCGUAACGGUUUUGAUAAACGGACAGAAAACAGUCAUCGCUAAAACCGGAGUAAAGCUGUGCAGGGCGAAGAACUGCAACGGAUGCAUGAAUUUACACCUGUGCAAGUUCUUCUUAUUCGGUGACUGUCAGUACGGAAGAGGAAGACGAGGAUGUCGUUUCAGUCAUGACCUACAGACGGAGCAAAAUGCUAAAGUCCUUAAGAAUCAUGGCCUGGAUCAGCUGGACAGGAGAGAGCUCUGUAUCUUACUGCUCCAGAGCGACAACAGCAUCCUACCUCCAGUCUGUCAUUCUUACAACAACGGCACGGGCCUGUACGGGAGAUGCCCGGACGGCGAGAACUGCAAACGGCUGCAUAUUUGCGAAAAGUACCUGAGAGGCCAGUGCCAGUGUUCACGAGCACACGAUUUCUAUGAACCCCAUCCUCUGAAAACGCUGCAGGAUCGAGGUGUUCCCACUGAGCUCAUGGCAUCUAUGAAGACUACCUACUCAAACAUCGAGACCUUAAGGAUAAUGGCUAAAGCCACGUUACCGCAAAAUGUUCAAGAGCACAGCAGCAAGAGAUCCACCAGAAAUAACAACUGGCAGAAUCGGCCAUCCGUCGAUGCGCAUGCUACAGGUAGUGGAGUCUCCAGGCCCAAAAGAGAGAAAAAAGAGAUCUGUAUGUACUUUAUCAAAGGACAUUGCAGGAACGGAGAUAAUUGUUUUAAAGAGCACUCCAAGGUGCCGUAUAAAUGGGAGGUGAAGGAGGGAUUCAACUGGGUAGCUCUUCCUGACAACGAGGGUAUAGAGAAAGAUUACUGUAACCCAGCUAAAACAUACAGCUCUGGAAUCUGCUUUGACACAAUGAUCCGUGGGUGUGACGUGGUGCGGCGUCUCUCGACAGUGUCCUCUGUAAUUCAACCCAACUACAUCCUCACCACCUGUUGGGCGUGGUACUGGGAGGAUGAGUUUGGUAACUGGAUCCAGUAUGCUGCAUCAAGCGGAGGCCACAACACGGCUUCCAUCACCAGCGAGGAGCUGGAGCAGAAGUUUACCCAGGACAACAAAGCAGAGAUAGAGUUCACGGCUGGCUCGCAAACGUACACGCUCAGCUUCCAAGAUAUGAUACAGACAAACAAGCACUACAUGACCAAGAAGCUUGUAAGGCGUCGACCCGUAUUCGUGUCAGCAGCAGAUGCAGAAAUAAGCAGAACGACCAAACCAGUUCCAACCAGCAGUCCGAUGAAAACGCUGCCAAGCCACUGGAACAAAGCGCUGACACCUGAGAUCGGUUAUAAGAAAAUACAACUGCAGAAUGAUUCGAAUGAAUACAGCGCAAUCGAGCGUCUGUUCAAAACCACCAUGAAAGGUUUUAGCAUUCAGCAGAUUGAGAGGAUACAAAACCGAGGCCUUUGGGAAGUGUUUCAAUGGCAGAAGGAUCAGAUGAAAAAGACUAACUCUGGGAAGAACGCUGUAGAAAAACAGCUGUUCCAUGGGACAAACUCCAAGCACAUUGAUGCCAUCUGCCUCAAUAAUUUUGACUGGAGAAUCUGCGGUACUCACGGCACGGCCUACGGGAAAGGGAGCUAUUUUGCCAGAGAUGCGAACUACUCACACGGCUACACCGGAGACUCCACAACACGCUGCAUGUUCGUCUGCCGUGUCCUAGUGGGUGACUACACCGCUGGCCAUUCAAGCUACACCCGCCCUCCCUCCAAAGACGGAGGAGACACCAACUUUUACAACAGCUGCGUGAAUGACGUCCAAAACCCCUCCAUAUUCGUAGUGUUUGAGAAGCAUCAGAUCUAUCCUGAGUAUCUCAUUACAUACAGUGAUGUACAGAGUCAGCCAUCAUCCCCAUAUUACACCCCUUCUGCAGUCAACAGACGGGUUGUUCCUCCUUCAACUUCUACAUAUAAGCCCAGGCCUGUACCUAUAGUAACUCCGACAUAUCGACCCCAAACCUCUACAGCAUCAUAUUCUUCACAGUAUUCAUACGCAAGAUCUUCUACACCUCAGCCACCCAAACAAGACAACUCCUGCAUUAUCUGCUAAAGACGUGACAAAAAGACCCGGGGUAUAUUCUUUCUAAACUACAUGCUUUGUAGUCACAGAAACCCUGUGUGUUGUGGUGACACUAGUUUAGGACAAAUUUUUAUAAAUAAAUAAAUAAAUUUACCGAAGAGGAGACAGUUUUAUUUUUACAGUUAAGAUUGGAAAGUCUGUUCAGGACAAACUGGAAGUCACUAAAAAUGUAGUAUUAGUUAAAUUAAAUAUCAAUGAGCAUCUAGUCAACGAUAUGACAAAUUUAAAAAGACCCAAAGAUCAGAAAGCUGUGAAAGAGCUAAAUGUUAGAUAUUGCGUAUUCCUUUCAGUUCUAUAUUUAAAACACAAGGCAGGGUAAAGCAGGUAGAUGGUAGCAACAUGAAACGGUUUUAAAGAAGGUCGUGCACAUUUUAUUAGCAUUUACUUCACUUUAAUCAUCAUUGGGUUCAUUAAUCUUUCACUAACGUAAGCCUCUGUCUCUGUGGAAUGUUUUUUUUUCUCUCUCUCUUCAUGCUAAUAUCUAAUAUCGUUAUGCAUUUCCAUGUCAGAUCUUACUGUACCCUUAACUACAAAAUGUUUACAAAUUAUAACAUUUGAAGAAAUAUUUGAUCAUUUAAAAUGAUGCCAUGGUCACAAAUUGUGUUUUAUGUUUAUCACCCAGGUUUCAAAAAGGGCUUUAUUUACUUUAUUUCACACACGUUGAAUUUCAAUCUGAAUCGAAUUCAUUUAAUCACACAAAAAUGUAAUUGAAUCAUUUAAAUCAAUCAAAUCCUUUUGACUCAGGAUUCCUGGGUAUUAUAUAUCCUGUUUGCUCAGGUUCCAGAAUAAUAAAUACAACUGUAUUGAA